UGAUCGCAAUGGUUAAUGAGAUGACGUCAUUUUACCCACAAUACCGUGCUAGCAAUGGCUGCUCAUGCUAAUCGAUAAUUACAUUCGGAGUUCUGAAUGUUAUUCGAUAAAACAAACCAUAUAAAUGAUAUAUUGAUUCUUAAUGGUACCACCAAGGUUUUACAGUUUCAUAGAUGAUCAUUUUUAACUUAUUUACUCAAUUUGGGCUAUAAAUCUAUAGCCUUCUACAAAAACAACUAAUAUAGGCAAGGUUUCAAAGAGUAUCCAUUACUUGCCUUGAGUAGUCGGCUUCCCACAUCCACCAUGGGAGAUGCCAGUGAGUGCAACAUUAAAGUUAUAUGUCGUGUUCGACCACUCAAUGAAUCAGAGGAAAGGGCUGGAAGUAAAUUUGUCCUCAAAUUUCCUACAGAUGAUUCCAUCAAUAUAGGAGGAAAAUUGUUUGUAUUUGACAAAGUUCUAAAGCCAAAUGUUACUCAAGAAUAUGUCUACAAUGUCACUGCUAAACCAAUUGUUGCUGAUGUACUUAGUGGAUACAAUGGGACCAUUUUUGCUUAUGGACAAACAUCCAGUGGUAAAACACAUACCAUGGAGGGUGUUAUGGGCAAUGAGCCAUUGCAAGGUAUUAUCCCUAGAAUUGUGCAAGAUAUCUUUAACUACAUUUAUGGCAUGGAUGAAAACUUGGAGUUUCACAUUAAGGUCUCAUACUUUGAAAUAUAUAUGGAUAAAAUCAGGGAUUUGCUGGAUGUAACCAAAACCAACCUUUCAGUACAUGAAGAUAAAAAUAGGGUUCCUUAUGUCAAGGGCUGUACAGAAAGGUUUGUCUCAAGUCCAGAAGAGGUUAUGGAUGUUAUUGAAGAGGGCAAAUCUAAUAGGCAUGUUGCUGUUACAAAUAUGAAUGAGCACAGCUCAAGAAGUCACAGUGUCUUUCUUAUACAUGUAAAACAAGAAAAUGUAGAAAAUGAGAAAAAAUUACAUGGUAAAUUGUACUUGGUGGAUCUUGCUGGCAGUGAAAAGGUCAGUAAAACGGGUGCUGAAGGGUCAGUUCUUGAUGAAGCCAAAAACAUCAACAAAUCUUUGUCAGCUCUGGGCAAUGUCAUUGCAGCUCUUGCUGAUGGAAAUAAAUCUCACGUUCCCUAUAGAGACAGUAAAUUGACUAGGAUAUUACAAGAAAGUUUGGGUGGUAAUGCUCGUACUACAAUGGUUAUAUGUUGCUCUCCUGCUUCUUACAAUGAAGGGGAAACAAAGUCCACACUUAUGUUUGGACAAAGAGCCAAGACCAUCAAGAAUGUUGUCAGUGUCAAUGAAGAACUAACAGCAGAAGAAUGGAAGAGACGCUAUGAAAGGGAAAAAGAAAAGAACAACAAGAUGAAGCUGAUUAUUUUGAAACUGGAAGCAGAAUUGCAGUCAUGGAGAAAUGGCAAAACUGUUCCAGUAGAAGAGCAGGUGGAUGUGAAGACUGCUGCCAUGGAAGCUGAACCCACUGCCCCAGGCCAGGCUGCCAUUGACCAGGCUGCUAUGCAAUCCAGUUUCAUUGGUCUUGUCAGUGGAGGAGUCAGUGCUAUUCCAGAGGCUGAAAAGGCUCAGCUAGAAGAAGAGAAGAUGAAAUUGUACCAGCAGCUUGAUGAUAAGGAUGAUGAAAUCAAUAACCAAGGUCAGCUCAUUGAAAAGCUGAGAGAACAAAUGCUUGAACAGGAGGAACUCAUUGCCAACUCCAGAAGAGACUAUGAAAGUUGUCAAGCUGAGAUGGCCAGGAUUCAAGCUGACAAUGAAUCUGCCAAAGAAGAGGUGAAGGAAGUCCUUCAGGCCCUGGAAGAGUUAGCUAUGAACUAUGACCAGAAAUCACAGGAGGUAGAGAGUAGAAAGAAAGACAUUGAGAUUCUGAAUGAGGAAAUCAAUCAGAAAACUGUCAAAAUUAGCAACUUGCAGGCAGAACUUGAGUCUCUUCGUGAUUCAUCAUCUCAUCAAAAGAAGAGAGUGGUUGAAAUGAUGUCUAGUUUACUCAAAGAUCUUGGUGACAUUGGUGCUGUUAUUGGAGGUAGUGCAUCUGAGAACAAACCAAACAGUGGAGCUGGAGAGAAACUGGAGGAAGAGUUUACUGUAGCUAGACUCUAUAUUAGCAAAAUGAAAUCUGAAGUCAAAACUCUGGCUACAAGAGCUGCCAAUUUAGAAAAUGCACAGUCAGAAAAUAACAAGAAACUAGAUGAUGCCAACUCAGAAUUAUCAGAAUGCCAGCUGAAAAUUCAACAGUACGAAGCCAAGAUGGCUACUUUGAGUGAAACCAUUAAAGAUGUUGAGCAUAAAAGACGUCAAUUGGAAGAAAAUGUUGACUCUCUCAAUGAAGAAGUGGCUCGAUACAAAGCUAGUGAAACCAUGCAUGCUACAGUCACACAAAAAGUCCAGGAAGCGUCAGACAAAUUACAGUCUGAGAUUGAGAUGAAGGAGGCCUUGGAAAAACAGAUGCAGAGCCACCGUGAGCAGCAUCAGAAACAAUUGUCCAGUCUUAGGGAGGAAAUCUCUGAUAAACAGACACUUAUUGAUGAACUGAAAGAAACCAACCAGAAACUGACCCUAGCUCUAGACAAACUACAAAAGGACUAUGAAUCUCUGAAAGCAGAAGAAGCUGAGAAAGCCAGUCGUCUCUCUGAACUUACACUGCAGAUGGACAAACGAGAACAGGCAAAGGAGGAUCUUAAAGGCUUAGAGGAGACAGUGGCCAAGGAGCUGCAGACAUUGCACAAUUUGAGAAAACUGUUUGUUCAAGACCUACAGAAUAGAGUUAAAAAGGCUGCCAAUAAAAAAGAAGAGGAGGAGGAUGAAGAAUCUGGAGGAACUGUUGCACAGAAACAGAAAAUUUCUUUCUUAGAGAAUAAUUUAGAACAACUAACCAAAGUUCAUAAACAGUUGGUGCGAGACAAUGCAGACCUGAGAUGUGAACUUCCUAAGCUUGAGAAACGUCUCAGGGCCACCAUGGACAGAGUGAAAUGUCUGGAGACUGCUCUGAAGGAAGCCAAAGAGGGUGCCAUGAGGGACCGCAAGAGCAGUGCCACAAAUCCCAAUGACAUAAAAUAUCAAAUGGAAGUUGACAGAAUUAAAGAGGCUGUGAGACAGAGGAACCUCGCUCGUAGAGGGCAUGCACCUCAAAUAGCUAAACCCAUACGUCCUGGACAACACACAGGCAGUAGCCAGCCUCAACAGAACACAGGGAUUAGAGGAGGAGGUGGUAACAUCCCAAUUAAUGGACCAGCAGCUGUGAAAGACUUUGCAUAAUUUGUAGUCCCUACCAGAGGAGACAGCUGACUGUGAUCCAAACACUUUUUCAUGAUCAUAAGAAGACACACAUUUCCUCACCUAGCAUUCCGCUUCAGGCUUGUGUCUACAUUGUUCAUUGUACUGAGACAUCUCAUUUACUGUUAGAUUUCUUUGCACCAUAUAAACUAGCAGUGUUUUUUUUUAAUCAUUUUAUUUCAAGGCACUGAGAUUGUCUAGACUUUAGUUUUUAGUUCAGAAAUACAAUUGCAAAGAAGAAAAAAAUGUAUUGCCAGAAAUAAUUUACAUUUCAUUGUGAUUGACCCAAACCCAUUCUGGUACAACAUUGUAUCCAUCAACUUAUCACUAUGUGACAUUUUGUAUUUCCUGAACUUUGAUCUUUUUAAUGUAUCUUAAUGCCUCCUGGUCUGUGGUAUGCAAACUAUUUACCAUCAGUACUCUUUAACAAUGCUUAAUUGUUAGUACACUAACAAGUGGGGUGUGUUGCAACAAGUGCAAGAGAUUGUUGUCUCUACAAGUGCCAUUAGGUGACAUUCCAAAGUUCAGUUGAAAACAACCCUUUUAGUCUUUACCAAAUGAACCAACACAUAAAGUAGCCCAAACAAAUUGGUGUAGCAUUGCAAACUUGCACUUGUUGCCCUGACCCAGUUGUUCUUUUUUUUAAAUCUCAAUUCUGUCAAUGUGGUUGCUCUUCUAUCUAUUCUGAACAGUAACUAUGAUGGUGAAACAAAAUUUUUACAAGGAACUGUAGAUACAAUUUUUUUAUGAAUAUGAAGCUGAAUGUAUGUUCACGCUUUAAGUGCAAUAUUUGUUUUUUUUUGUUUUGUUUUGUUCCUUUCCAUGGUUAGAAAGAAUGACAGCUUAUUUUUUGAACUACAUAUCCUGCCUCAACCCUCCCCCUUUUCUUUGUGAAUACUUGGAGUUUAAUGUACUGCCCAUUGCAUUAACUUAUUGUAGUUGUAUAUUUUAUAUCCAGCCUAGGUUUUGAUUUGCAUGUUGUGUAUCUGGGCUGUGUGCAUACAUGACACUGUAGUACACCUUAGUGUGUACAGGGAGAAGGUUUCAAAUGUUUCUGUACACUCAUAGCGACUGGUGAAGGGAAAUAGUUUCCUAAUGGCUGGCUCUUAAAUACAAUUAUUUAUUUCCAAGCAUGAGACUAUGACAUGGGAGCAAUAUCAGUCUCGCUUGAAAAUAGUUUCGUCCAUAUUUCGUUAAUUUUAAGGGUUUGCCUUAACUUAGGAGGGAAACUAUUAUACACAAUAAUGUAAAAAAAAAAAAAAUCCAUUAAAAAAAUUCUGACAUUUGUUUGUCUUAUUGCUUCCUUUCUGUGUUUCUAUUUUAUUUGAACUAGUUGUGACCAGUUUCUUUGUUUCUAGUGUUCACAUAUGUUUUUUUUUUUUUAACUUAUGACUUGUAUAGUCAGUUCCUGAGCAGAAUGUGAAAGUCACUGAUGUUAAUUUAUUGUGAUACAUGGUAGUCUUCUUGUGAUAGCCUUCUACUUCAAUUAUGGACAAUUUUGUUUUGUUUCUUUUGUUGUUUUCAAAUUUUUUUGUUUCCCAACAUGUUAGUGGUGCUUUACUGUAUUUUGUUUGUUUUAGCUGUGCAAGUUUCUCUCAGAUUUGCAGAGAAGUGCAUGCCAUUAGAAACUUGACCUUUAUUACUGAACUUUAUUAUGACUGUUGAUGUUUCUUUGACUCCUGUGCUUCUCAAUGUCACAUUGCAAUGCUUAGGUUAUUGGAUGUACAAUAUUUAUCAUUCUCUUAGUCAGUUAUGGGCUGCAUUUGGUUGUGCUUAGUAACGAGAAUCAGUCCCUCCCCCUCAUUUUAUUUCAGAGCCCUCCAUUAGUGGGAAUGACAUUCUAGACAUAAUCUGAGAAAAACAAAAGUGAGUUGUUGUUUUUUCCUUAGACAUUUAGGUCAAAGGUUAAAUGCUUUUUAAAAAAUAUAUGUUGCAAAUAAAAAGUCCUGAAUUCUUUACAAAGUGUGUUUUCUUGACUUUUCUGUUGUAGUAGUAUUUUACUACUGUGACCAAUACAAGAUGAAAGUUACUACUGUAAAUUUAUAUUUGUCUUGCACUUAUCGCAACAUUUCUUAGUUUCUCUAAGCUGCUGCUUGCUUAAUGAAGAAGCCUGACAAAUGUUACUCCAUUUAUUUACCAAUGGUUAUCCAUCAUCUUGUAAGUUUUGGGGUCUCACAUAAUUUCAUUUUGUGUGGUAGAUGUAAAUAAUUUUUUUUUUAAAUUGCGCUUGUUUGUGGCACAAUAAAGUAUAACACUUAA